AUGGAGGUUCUGAAAGGCAGUUUUGAUGCGAUCUUGCCAACAAUCGCAGAAGCUAUUCAGCAGGCAGACUUUGUUGCCAUUGACACCGAGUUGACUGGUUUAAACAAUGGACAAUCAACUGCUUACGCUGCUCUUGACACCCCACAAGACCGAUAUUCCAAACUCCGAAAAUCAUCGCAACAGUUCUCAAUCACUCAAUAUGGUGUCAGCUGCUUCAUAUGGGAUCAAAAGAAAAAGUCAUACACGUCAAAACCAUUCAACUUUUACAUCUUUCCUGCUACGGCCAAGUUCCCGUUCAACGUAUUUGAACGUAACUGGAUGAGUCAAGUCGGCUCCAUCGAGUUUCUGGCAAAGAAUGGCUUUGAUUUCAACAAGUGGAUUCGUCACGGAAUUCCAUACUGUAGCAAGCACGAGGAAUCCUACAUCAAGAAUCAAAUCAAUCAGGUCUCAACACAACCUGGAAUAGCCAUUGAUGAUGGAAACAGAGAGUUUGUUGAAACAAGCCUAGAUCGAGUGGACGAAUGGUUGCAGAAUUCUGUAGAAAAAUCAAUAGAUAUCGACACUCAGAGUUCCUACCACAAGAAACUCAUUGGUCAACAGAUCCGUCAAAAAUACAAUAACGCACUCGGUGUCAGUCUACGUGACAGGAGUGUGCAAGUGAAGAGACUCUCAGAUGAGGAACGAGAUAAUGGUGUCGGCGAUCAGGCUGUUCAGCUAGAGAAACAAUUAGACGAAAUUUAUGACACGAAGCACAUUUGUAAAACCAUUCCUGCUCUGGCUCCUCAUUUUCCUGACUCUUCAUUGGAAAAAGUCUACAAGACAACACUUGAACCUCCGUUUGAAGCACCCACCAUUCAAAUACACGACGAUCACCAACGUUAUAGCACAACUUCGGCUAGCUAUCACGAAGCUGGCUGGGAUGCACAUGCUACAGGGGCUGCAUUUGCUCGUCUAGUUGCUCAAUUCCAGCAAGAUACUAAGAUAUCACCACGUGUGUCUUUUGAUGAAGACACGCUUUUGGAAUGUCUGAAUCGGAUGAAUAUGAUGCGCUCUGAUCUGGCUUACGUUCACUUGAAUGGUCCAGAUGAUCAACCAGAUCGAAGUUCUGUCCUCCAUAUCUUCUCCAUGCCUCAAAAUUACAAGCAAAAGGAUAUCGAGGCCUCCUUUGAUGCUAAAGAAUAUGGAUCCAUAUCGCUCCAAUGGAUCAACUCUACAUCCGCCUUUAUACGUUUUGAGAGUACCGAAAAGUCAGAAAAGGCACUCUCUCAACACACGAUCGCUAGCAAGAAGGCGGACAAUUUGAAUUAUGGCGAUGACAUGGAAGAUGGGGAAGAGAAUGCAAAGGCAACAGAAGCUCCUGCAUAUCAUUUACAACGAUACACUGAUAUGAUGGCUAUGGCGGAUGGACCUACUGCCAAGAUUUCGAAUGGAGGAGAGAAUGGUGACGUUUCAGGAAAACGUAAACGACCUGCUGGCGUUCCCGUCUUUUACUUUGGCAUAUCUGCGAUCUUGUAUAUUAGGCUGAAGCAGUUUGUGGAGAAACUGACGGGAGCCAGCCGUGCCGAUAACCCUGAUGCUAAAAGUGACUGGAGUCCUUGGCCUGCACGUUACAAACCCUUCGAAGGAUCUGAAUAUGAUGUGGUGGCAGUUAUUGGAUCCAACACCACUUGGGUCAACGUGGCAAACCCCGAGCUCGCAAAAGAUGUUGCCGUUCGUAAACUCGACUUUCCAAAACCAAUUCAGUGGUAUGACAUCCUCGACGUUUAUGGAAAAAAUGUCUUGACCGUCGAGGGUGAGGUUUGGAAGUAUAUGAGACGUAUCGUCGCUCCAACGUUUUCCGAUCGCAACUCCGGACUUGUGCAUCAAGAAACUAUUAAAACUUGCAAGGCUAUGUUUGACGCUUGGGAUAAAUCUGCUGCAAACGGUUCGGCGGAAGUGAAUGUCAGUAACGAUUCAAUGAAGCUCACAAUGUUUGUGAUUUCUGGUGCUGGAUUUGGACUGUCGCUCGACUGGAAUCGCGAGGACCAAGCUGGAUAUGAAAACCAUAAAUUGAGUUUCAAACAAUCUGCUGGUGCCUUUUUGGAUGUAUCCGUUCUCUUCAAGAUUAACGCACAAUUCGAUUCGUAUCUACGAGAAUUCAUUGCGGAUGCCAAGUCGGGCAAGAAGAUGAACGAGAACAAUGUUCUCAGGGCUCUUGUGGUAUCUACUGGUGAAGAUGACGACUUUACAGGGAAAGCAGAAGCAUCUGAUAAACGAGUUAUGACUGAAGCAGAGAUUGUUGGGAAUUGCUUCAUUAUUAUGCUUGCUGGACACGAGACAACGUACGAGACUCCUGGAUUUUCCACCAACGAAACCUUGAGUAAUCAGGACAUUCAAGAAGAGCUCCACGCUGAGGUUGAACGAGUUCUUGGUGACCGUGACCCCAAAUAUCAAGACUAUAACGAAUUAAAGUACUGCCAAGCUGUCGCAAAUGAGACUUUACGGCUGUUUCCCGCUGUUGUAUCGAUCCCGAAAUGGGUUCCAAAGGAUGGAAAGCCGCAACAUCUUGGAAAACUAGUCGUAGAGCCCGGCACCCAUGUCAACAUCCACGCAAGUGCCUUACACCAUGACUUAUCUUACACCACCCAGCCCAGUGACUACAAUGCUGACAAAGGUCUUGGUCUCUUGAGUGCAUUUUCUGGACCACUGCUUGCAGCGGCUCACAAUGAGCUUCAUGCCGACAAAGUGGUCCUUUCUAGGAGCGACAUUGGCCAAAUUAUUGCAUUCCGUGCAGACAUGGAUUCUGCUACGAGAAAGCAUGCAACAUACAAGUUCUCUUCUAGUCCCAAAGCUGGUACUGUUCUGGCCUUCUUGGACAUGCUGGCAUCUCAAGAAGAAUUCAAGGGCGGCCUUGUUCUUGAUAGUUACCGCCAGCCACAUGAGGUCUUGUGCUAUCCAGACAAGGCCGCCUCGGACAAUGACAUAAGCAUUAUGGCAACACAAAGUCCUGUAUUGAUGUCUGGAGGUGGUAGUGUUACAAUUCCAGGAACUCGCAAACGAGGCAUGACGAGUAUAUCUGAAAAUAGCACCACAACCAAAAACUCGUGCAACUCGAUCGACAUCACCAUUAGCAGAUCCAGUGAAAAAUUCCUCUCUCGUCCUAUUGCUGAUGUACACAAGGUCAUGUUGUUACAUCCAAGUCUUGUCUUGGACAAACCACCACCGGCGAUUGUCUCCAUGACCCUCCGCACUACUAUCAGUCUUCCACCUACUAAAUGGAAGCGGAUGAGGACGCAGGAGCAUCUACGCAAGGACUGCAAGGAUUGCUCAAUAGUCAAAAAGCCUCGCGAAACAACAGCCCAGGACUAUACACCUGCUCGUAUCUGGUAUUCUGCACAUGGUGGUCACAUGAAUGAUAUAAACAAGAAGGCCAUUGAUGCCGUCAUGCUGAAAUUGUUUGGCAUCCUGGAAGCAAUGAAGUAA